CUCCUGGCCCCACGGGAAGACCUGGACUCCCUGGGGACAAGGGUGCCAUCGGGAUGCCUGGACGUGUGGGUGUCAAAGGUCAACCAGGCGAGAAGGGUGCCCCUGGAGAUGCGGGGAUGUCCAUCAUCGGGCCUCGAGGCCCCCCUGGUCAGCCAGGCACUCGCGGCUUCCCUGGAUUUCCGGGUCCCAUUGGUCUUGACGGCAAGCCGGGCCACCCUGGACCUAAAGGGGAGACGGGCCUGGUGGGUCCCCGAGGACAACCGGGCCCUCAGGGACAAAAGGGAGAAAAGGGUCAGUGUGACGAGUACCCACACCGGGAGCACCCAGGCGGCGUCCUGGCAGCUCUGCGCUCCAACCCGAUAAUUGCCCUAAAGGGGGAACAAGGCCAGGCUGGCAUCCAAGGCCCUCCAGGGCCACCAGGCCCCCCAGGACCAAGUGGCCCUCUGGGACACCCAGGACUGCCAGGGCCUAUAGGACCACCUGGUUUACCUGGGCCUCCUGGAGCAAAGGGAGAUCCAGGGAUCCAGGGCUACCAUGGCCGCAAGGGAGAACGGGGCAUGCCAGGAAUGCCCGGCAAGCAUGGAGCCAAGGGGGCUCCUGGGAUCGCCGUGGCCGGGAUGAAGGGCGAGCCUGGGACUCCAGGAGCCAAGGGAGAAAAAGGUGAUGCAGGCAAUGCCAUUGGAGGAGGCAGAGGGGAGCCUGGCCCCCCAGGGCUCCCUGGGCCCCCUGGGCCAAAGGGAGAAGCUGGUGUGGAUGGCCAGGCUGGACCCCCAGGACAACAAGGAGACAAGGGGCAGCCAGGAGCAGCUGGGGUGCAGGGACCAGCUGGCCCUAAGGGCGCCAAGGGUGAACCUGGGAAGGGAGAGAUGGUGGAUUACAAUGGAAACAUCAACGAGGCGCUUCAGGAGAUCAGGACACUGGCCUUGAUGGGUCCUCCUGGUCUUCCUGGACAAACAGGCCCACCUGGACCUCCAGGGAGUCCAGGUCAAAGGGGGGAGAUUGGACUGCCAGGCCCUCCAGGACAUGAUGGGGACAAGGGACCUCGAGGGAAACCAGGAGAUAUGGGGCCGGCUGGCCCUCAAGGGCCCCCAGGAAAGGAUGGGCCUCCAGGAAUGAAGGGAGAGACCGGACCCCCAGGGAGCCCUGGGGAGAAAGGGGAGACAGGACAAGCAGGCCCUCAGGGUCUAGACGGCCCAACUGGGGAGAAAGGAGAACCAGGUGACGAAGGGAGGCCCGGAGCGACAGGAUUACCUGGGCCCAUCGGGCUCCCAGGAUUCACAGGAGAGAAAGGAGAAGCUGGGGAGAAAGGUGACCCAGGAGCAGAGGUUCCGGGGCCACCAGGGCCAGAGGGGCCUCCAGGACCUCCCGGCCUCCAAGGUGUUCCUGGACCAAAGGGAGAAGCAGGCCUAGAUGGCUCCAAAGGAGAGAAGGGUUCCCAGGGAGAAAAAGGAGACCGGGGGCCUCUGGGAUUGCCUGGUACUCCAGGACCAAUUGGGGUUCCAGGCCCAGCUGGACCAAAGGGUGAGAGGGGCAGCAAAGGAGACCCAGGGAUGACAGGACCAAUGGGAGCAGCAGGGCUUCCUGGUUUACACGGACCACCCGGGGACAAAGGAAACCGGGGGGAGAGGGGGAAGAAAGGCUCUAGAGGGCCUAAAGGGGAUAAAGGGGACCAAGGAGCGCCUGGACUAGAUGCCCCGUGCCCGCUGGGCCACCGAGGUUUUAAAGGAGAGAAAGGGGAGCCGGGGCUACCAGGGCUGGACGGACUGGAUGCCCCAUGCCCACUGGGAGAAGAUGGCUUACCAGUCCAAGGCUGCUGGAACAAGUGACGCCUCUAACCUCGGAUUGGCCUGUGUGUGUUUGUACAUAGGAUAUUUAUUUUUAUACAGUUUUCACUUUUUGAAAAUGCCCAAAGUAUGAUGCAUCUUACAGAUCAUUGAAAAAGAAAGAGGAAAGCCUGCAUAUUUUGUACAGAAAGCAACCCUUCCCCUUUUGUUUACAAGACGUUUUUGUAUAAAUCUGUUUCUAAUACACUUCCUGUCUGUGAGUCUGCUCCUAAUGUUGCAUGAUAUUUGUGCACACUUAUUAAAUAUCACAGCUUAAUAAGUUAUUGUGUUCCAGCACCAAAGAGGGCCGCCAGCACAGAGGUGCUGCAAGCUUACGUGUGAAUUCACAGAAAUGUGGAGAUACUUGGCGUUUGCCAGACUAGAUGUAUCUGACAGUAUUUUACACUU